AUGAAGCAGGAGGCGACUGCUGGCGCCGAAGGUGUCAAGCGCAACCGGACGGAGGAUGACGAAUUCCUUCCGGGGACCCUCAAUUUGUCUCAGCUGCGCUGGAACCCAAACCGGAAUCCUGAGAGCGCAAGAAGCGGCGAACGGCCGCGGCUACACACAACCAGGCCAGGAUGCCGGCCAAGCGCCCAAGUUGAAAUGUCUAAGCUGCUGAUCUCGCCACGUAACUCGGCCGCAAUUCGCACUACGCCGCAGCAAAAGACGGCUACACGAGAGAGAGCGUUUCAGCCGAAGCGGUCCUCGGAGAAGCCCACGGAUCAAGAAUGUCGUCGGCAACCCGGCGCCUCAGCGGCGAGAUGGACGGGAUGA